AUGGGCUUCAUACGGGAAGUACACUAUCCAAAAUGGCUCUCCAGCGUAGUACUAGUCAAAAAAGCCAAUGGCAAGGGGAGGAUGUGUGUACACUUCACCAACCUUAACAAAGCUUGCCCCAAAGAUAGCUUUCCACUAUCACGAAUUGACGUUAUCGUGGAUGCCACAGCUGGACACCAAUUUUUAAGCUUUAUGGACACCUACUCCGGGUACAAUCAGAUUAGGAUGAACAAAGCAGAUGAGGAGAAGACGACGUUCAUAACUGACAAAGGACUCUACUGCUAUCGGGUAAUGCCUUUUGGGCUGAAGAAUGUCGGAGCAACAUAUCAAAGGAUGCUCAACCGGAUGUUCAAGCACCAAAUCGGAAAGUCUAUAGAGAGAGGAAUAGAGGCCAACACUGAGAAGAUAGAAGCAAUCUUGAGAAUGGCGGCCCCCCGAACCAUUAACAAUACUCAGCGACUAGCAGAGAGAAUAGCGGCUCUAAACAAGGCAUUAGGCGUCAGGCAAGUAGAAGUUACGGCAAAUUCUCAAAUAGUGGUGAACCAUGUUACAGAGACCUACACCAUUAACGAGGAAAAGCUUAAAAAAUAUCUUGAGCAGGUAUUAGUCUUGCACGACCAGUUUGAACACUUCACCAUAAUGCAUAUUCCAAGGACGAAUAACUCUGUGGUAGACAGACUAGCAAAGGCAACUUUAACCAGAGACGAAGCAGAAUUACCAUGGGAAGUUCAACGGAGAUUAAUUGAAAUGCCAGCUAUCGAAAUCUCAAUUGAACAGGUAAGGCUCGGAACGCCAGAAUGGGCCAAGGAAAUAGAGGAAUUUCUGGAUAUGGAAAAACUCUCCAUGGGGAAGGAGAUGGCAAUGAAGAUUAAGAAGAAAGCUACGUGA